GAUAGAGAUUUUGAUCCUUCAGCUGAUAUGUUAGUACAUGAUUUUGAUGACGAAAGGACUCUAGAAGAAGAAGAAAAUAUGAGUAAUGAUAGCUGCUCUAAUGAAUUGAAUGAUUUAGAAAAGGAAGGGGAGAUGCCAAUAGAAGAUUUAUUAGCUAUCUAUGGUUAUAGUGAUAAUCAAGAUAAUAAUGCUGAUAAUACUAGAUCUAGUAGUGAAGAGGAAAUACUCAGUAAUCAUGAUUUAACAUUAGAUAAAGAUGAAAUAGCUAGAGAUGUAUUAAAAACAAAUAGUGAUGAUGAUGACAAAGAAACCAGUGUGACUGAUUUAUUAGAAAGUGUCUCCUCAUCUCAUACACCUCGACUUCUACGAUUAAGUCAUCACAGUAGACAUCAUGAUGAUGAAGAUGUAUCAGAUUCUGAAGAUGAUGUUGAUUAUCAUCCUAUAGCAGAAGAAGAUUGGAAAAAGACUAUACAAGUAGGUGGAGAUUAUCAGGUAAAAGUACCAGAUGGUUUAAAUAAAUAUGGUGAUGCUCCUGCCUAUGAAAAUGAAGAUCGUUUACUGUGGGAUCCUAGUAAGCUUGAUGGAGAUAAAGAAAAUAUCAUUGAAACUUACCUAACAGAAGUACAGAAAGAUAAUCUACAAUCAGCUACAGGUGUGAACUCUAUACCUACUGGUAUACAUGUUAAAGAUGAUGAACAGGCGUUAUAUUUGUUAUUACAAUGUGGUCAUAAUAUGGAUGAAGCUUUACGGAGAAGAAAGAUGUCAGCUGUCCCUCCAUCAGAUCCAAUGAGUCUGUGGUCAGAAGAAGAAUGUAGAAAUUUUGAAAAUGGUAUUAGAACAUAUGGAAAAAACUUUUAUCUUAUUCAACAAAAUAAGGUGCGGACAAGGUCAGUUGGUGAAUUAGUUCAAUUUUACUAUUUAUGGAAGAAAACUGAACGGCAUGAUGCGUUUGCUAAUAAAACUAGAUUAGAAAAAAGAAAAUAUGCUUUACAUCCAGGUGUUACAGAUUAUAUGGAUAGAUUUUUAGAUGAACAAGAUACAAACACUCCACCUCCCAGAGACCGAUCUGAUAGUCCUACCUUAUCUUCUUUAGUUUACGAUGAUCUUAAAAAACCUCACAUAAAACAAGAAACAGACAAUAAAACUGUGACUCCAUUGAGUCAAACUGACACUAGUCUUCAUUGUUCAUCACCUAAACCAUCUCAUAAUGACUCCUCAACAUCACCAUCUCAAAAACGUUUACAUGAAGAUGAGACUUGUGUAAAUGGAACAUUAGAAAAUGUGAAUAUAAGUAGUGAUCCUUUAGUGAAAAAAGUGAAAACAGAAUCAAAUAAUUGUGAGAUAAAAACACCAAAUUCCGUUUCAGUUUUAGUGAAGAGUCCAAAUAGUGUAACUACUGAAAGUGACAUAGCAGUAGAAGCAUCUAUUGAAAAUAUUACAACUCCUAGUGUGAACUCAGUAUGUGUUUCUGAUAGUGUUCUUCUUAAUAGUCCAGAAUCUGUUUCCCAGUGA